CCAUAGUCGAUCAUUCGUGUCUACCCGUUUACGCAAUAGUCGGCCUGUUAUCGAAGUGCCGAGAGUUUCGUAUUUAGAAGUCUUUGGUGUAAAAUUUCGACAGAAAAGAAAAAAUGUUGCGUAUCGUAGCAGGACGCGUAGGUGCUACUGUCAGAGGAGCUUUUUUGCCGAGAACUCUGGCUCUGGGUGAACAAAACAUUCGAGCAGCGCACGAUGGUCCUCAGGAAACAGACGAGGAAUUCGAUGCGAGAUACGUGAAUUUUUUCAGUAGGCCCGACAUUGAUCAUUGGGAAAUUCGCAAAGCUAUGAACGAUUUAGCUGGUAUGGAUCUUGUCCCUGACCCAAAAAUCGUGUGUGCUGCUCUCCGAGCCUGUCGCAGACUGAACGACUGUGCACUGACAAUAAGAUUUCUUGAAUCUGUGAAGGAGAAAUGCGGAGACCAUGUAAAGACCAUCUAUCCUUAUAUACUCCAAGAAAUCAGACCGACCUUGGACGAACUUGGUAUAAGUACUCCAGAGGAGCUUGGUUACGACAAGCCAGAGCUUGCACUUGUCAACGUCGAUGACAUUCAUUGAUGAAUCAAACAUAAUUCAAGCUAGUCUCCUCAUCAAUAGAAAAUAAAAUCUACGCGACGCUCCAAUUUUCUUCUUUUCUCUAGUUUGGUCGAGCCACUUCAAAUAUUGUAAUAAACCAUGUUGAAAAGGAAACAAAAAAGAGAAAGCGACGUGGCAAAAAAGUGUUAAUAAAAAAGUCGUAAAGUUUA